AACGCCGAUGAGAAGAAAAGCAUAAGAGGCAGUGUAAGCCCGAGUCAACCGCCGUCGCGUCGUUUCGUAACUCUGGUCUCGCAGUUCCGUCCCCUGUUUCUCUUCCCUUUUCAAAUCUGGAAAGGCAUACAACGUAGAAAGCUAGCCAACUAACAUCAUGUCGCACCCCAUCCCCCAGCCUCCUGGCGUCCCCCUCUUAGGGAACGUCUUCGACAUUGAUACCAGCAACACCUGGGGCUCAUUGAAGAAGCUGUCGGAAAAAUACGGCGAAAUCUUCCAGAUCAAGGUGCUGGGUCAUUCCAUGGUCUUCGUAGCCGGCGCCGCGCUGGCCGAGGAGCUCUGCGACGAGAAGCGAUUCCGAAAGUACGUCGGCGGGCCCAUAGUCGAGAUCCGAGCCGCCGUCCACGACGCCCUCUUCACGGCCUUCGACCACGAAGAGUCAUGGGGCAUCGCCCACCGCAUCAUCGCGCCCCGGCUCGCCCCCGAGUCCAUCGCCGAACGCUUCUUCGACAUGCGCGACACCGCCACAGAGCUCAUCCAGCUGUGGAAGGGCCUCGGCACCACCAACACCAUCCCCCUGGUCGACCAACUCAACAGGCUGAACCUCGAAGCCACCACCCUGGCGCUGUACGGGAAGAAGCUAGACUGCCUGGCGGGGCCGGAGCACCCCAUGAUCCAAGCCAUGGAGGACUCCACCUCGGAGGCCAUGAAACGUCCCGCCAGGCCGGCGCUCCUCAACUGGCUCGUCCACGGCAGCAAGUUCAAAAAGUCCAUCCGCGCCAUGCGGUCCUACGCCGCCGACAUGGUGGCCCACCGCAAAGCGAACCCCGCCCUCCACGACCGCAACGACGUCCUCGCCGCCCUGAUGGAAGGCACCGACCCGCAAACCGGCAACGCCCUCACCGACUCGCAAGUCCUCGACGAGAUCGUCUCCAUGCCCAUCGGCAGCAGCACCGCCCCCUGCCUCAUCGCCACCGCCAUCUACUUCCUCCUCAAGAAUCCAGACCUCAUCGUCACCGCGCGCAAGGAGAUCGACGCCGUCCUCGCCAACGCCAACGGCGAAGGGGAGCUCACCUACGCCCACCUCGCGCAGCUCCCCUACAUCGAAGCCAUCCUCCGCGAAUCCCUCCGCCUCUCCUUCGCCGCCCCGGGCUUCAACAUCGAACCCAUCCCCCGGCCCGCGGGGGACACGAGCCCCGUCCUCCUCGCCGGCGGGAAGUACCAGAUCCCCCACAACCAGCCCAUGAUCAUCGUCCUCGCCGGCGUGAACCGCGACCCGGCCGUCUUCGACGACCCGCUCGCCUUCCGCCCCGAGAGGAUGCUGGGCGACGCCUACGAGAAGCUGCCGCUCGGCGUGCGGCGGUGGUACGGGAACGGGAAGAGGGAGUGCAUCGGGAAGCACUACGCUUGGCUUUGGAACAUCGUCGUCCUGACCAAGCUGAUCCGGGAGGUGGAUUUCGAGAUGGCCGAUCCGAGCUAUCAGCUUGACCAGGAUGGAUGGUUUAACCUGAGACCGGUGGAUUUCUUUGUCAAGGUGAAGCCGAGGGCUGUCUAAUUAGAAUACUUGUUUUUUUUUGUCUUCGUCUUUCUUCUUCUAUUUUAACAUAUAAUCCCCUUCGCACUGAGCACUCGCUCAGCACCUACGGCGCCGGACGGGGUAAUGGUACUUACGCAAGUCGAGUCGAUAACAUUCAUCUGUUUUGCCGGCAAAUUGGACACGGGCACCGCCUCAAGGAUUCUUUUUUUCUCAAUUCCUCCCUCCGUGCUGUCUAGUACGUUCCGAACUCAACUACCUAUCCACCGUCCUUCUUCGUCCACGCCUAAAGGUACAGUU